AUGCAAAAUUCAUUAAUGGAUAUUGUCAUGAAUCGCGAAUCCGCGUCAUUAACCUGUAACCAAGGUUUGAGAGGAGAGCCUGUUCAAUGUAAUGAUAAAUCUUUUAGUGAACGAAAUCAAAUCAUAGGUUUAACAACAAGCAAUGCAGUUCACAAAAACGAUUCGCCGACCUGUCAAUUAACAAAAAGUUCACUUUAUGUUGCCAUCAUAGCUACUAAAAUUUCAAUGGACGAUAGAAUAAUGUUAAGUCGUCAAAUCUGGAUCGCAUGCUCAAAAUAUUAUUGCAACAGUAAAGAAACAAUGGAUCGCAUUGAAAGCAUUGCUAAAAAAUCAUUAUAUAGCUUUUUGUCAGCAAUAGAAUGA